GUUCCUGCCCAGCGCAGCUCCAAGAACACCCUUCAGCCAGGACGGAGCUUCGCUGCUUUAAGACCCGCCCGGGACCCCGGGGCGCCUGCCUGGCAAUCUGUCAGUGCCUGGACCAGCUGCUUCCUCUCUGGGCCCCUCUCACCAGACCGACACCCCUGUGGACAGUAUGCAGUUAACCUGCUAAGGGAUGGAAGAAGCCAGCCUGUGCCUGGGUGCGACCUCGGGGGCGGCGGACGCGGAGCCCCGCCUGAGCGGCCCGGUCCUCAACGGCCAGUAUGCCAUGAGUCAGAAGCUGCAUCAGAUCACCUCCCAGCUCAGCCAUGCCUUCCCAGAGCUGCAUGCGCGGCCCAGCCCGGAGGACAAGCCGCCCGCGGCCCUCGACGACAAGGCGCAUGUGCCCCUGAGCGGCCAGCCUCUGGGCAGCCCGAUGGCACUGCUGGCCAACCCUCUGGGCCGCGACGUGGACACCAGCCUCAACGGGCGCGUCGACCUGCAGCAGUUCCUCAACGGGCAGAACCUGGGCAUCAUGUCGCAGAUGAGCGACAUCGAGGAUGACGCGCGCAAGAACCGCAAGUACCCGUGCCCGCUGUGCGGCAAGCGCUUCCGCUUCAACAGCAUCCUGUCCUUGCACAUGCGCACUCACACGGGCGAGAAGCCCUUCAAGUGCCCCUACUGCGACCACCGGGCAGCGCAGAAGGGCAACCUCAAGAUCCACCUGCGCACCCACAAGCUGGGGAACCUGGGCAAGGGCCGGGGACGCGUGCGCGAGGAGAACCGCCUGCUGCACGAGCUGGAGGAGCGCGCCAUCCUGCGCGACAAGCAGCUGCGGAGCAGCCUGCCGCCGCCGCGGCCCGACCUCAAGCCCCUGCCGCACGCGCCGCCCGCGCCGCCCACCGCCUGCCACCUGGCGCCACCGGCCGCGCCCGGCGCACCCGAGGCUGCGCGCCCCGCACCCUCGCCCAAGCCCGCCGGCGGCGUGCAGGACGACGCAGUGGCCCCCGCCGCCGGCUUCCGCUGUACCUUCUGCAAGGGCAAGUUCAAGAAGCGCGAGGAGCUGGACCGCCACAUCCGCAUCCUGCACAAGCCCUACAAGUGCACGCUGUGCGACUUCGCGGCCUCCCAGGAGGAGGAGCUCAUCAGCCACGUGGAGAAGGCGCACAUCACCGCCGAGUCGGCGCAGGGCCAGGGCCCCGGCGGCGGCGGCGAGCAGGCGGCCAACGAGUUCCGCUGCGAGGUGUGCGGGCAGGUGUUCAGCCAGGCCUGGUUCCUCAAGGGCCACAUGCGCAAGCACAAGGACUCCUUCGAGCACUGCUGCCAGAUCUGCGGCCGCCGCUUCAAGGAGCCCUGGUUCCUCAAGAACCACAUGAAGGUCCACCUCAACAAGCUGUCGGUGAAGAACAAGUCCCCCAGCGACGCCGAGGGGCCGGCGCCGAUGGGCGGCAUGUCGCAGGAGACCCACGCCAACCUGUACUCCAGGUACCUGUCCUGCCUGCAGGGCGGCUUCAUGGCCCCCGACAAGGCCGGCCUGAGCGAGCCCGGCCAGCUCUACGGCAAGGGGGAGCUGCCCACGAAGGAGAAGGAGGUCCUGGGGAAGCUGCUGUCCCCCAUCGCCAGCGUGGCCCACGGCGUCCCCGAGGGCGACAAGCACUCCCUCCUGGGCUGCCUCAGCCUGGUGCCGCCGCUGAAGUCCAGCUGCAUCGAGCGGCUGCAGGCCGCGGCCAAGGCUGCCGAGAUGGACCCGGUGAACAGCUACCAGGCCUGGCAGCUCAUGGCCAGGGGCGUGGCCAUGGAGCACGGCUUCCUGUCCAAGGAGCGCCCGCUGCAGCGCGGCCAGGAGGACGCGCUGGCGAACGUGGGGGUCGUGUUCGACAAGGAGAAGCGCGAGUACGUGUUCGUGGGGGCAGACGGCGCCAAGCAGAAAAUGCCCGCGGACCUGGUCCACGGCACGAAGGUGGCCGGCCAGAGGGACCCGCCGGCGAAGCUGGACCCGUUAGAAGGCAGCCGGGAGUUCCUGCCCCACGGGCUCAGCCAGGCGCUGGACUACAACCUGCAGGGCCCCGGCGCCAUGAAGGAGAAGCCCACGGAGUGCCCCGACUGCGGCCGCGUCUUCCGCACCUACCACCAGGUGGUCGUGCACUCCCGCGUGCACAAGCGGGACCGCAGGCCCGACGAGGACGGGCUGCAGGGGGCCCUCGAGGAGCGGCGCGGCUCGGGCAGCGACCAGGAGUCCCAGUCAGUGAGCCGCUCCACCACGCCCGGCUCGUCCAACGUCACCGAGGAGAGCGGGGCCGGCGGCGGGCUCUCGCAGCCCGGGAGCGCCCAGGAGGACAGCCCGCACCCCUCCUCGCCGUCCUCCUCAGACAUCGGCGACGAGGCGGGGAGAGCGGCCGGCGUCCAGCAGCCCGCGCUGCUUCGCGACCGGAGCCUGGGCUCGGCCAUGAAGGACUGCCCGUACUGUGGGAAGACCUUCCGGACGUCCCACCACCUAAAGGUGCACCUGAGGAUACACACAGGUGAGAAGCCCUACAAAUGCCCCCACUGUGACUACGCCGGCACCCAGUCCGCGUCCCUAAAGUACCACCUGGAGCGCCACCACCGGGAGCGGCCGAACGGAGCGGGGCCGCUGUCCGCGCAGCCGCCCAGCCAGGACCCCCGGGACGAGCUGCCGGGCAAGGCCGCCCUGUUCAUCAGGCCCGACGUCCUGAGGGGCGCCUUCAAGGGCCUCCCCGGAGUGGACUUCCGAGCGGCGUCGGCCUCGCAGCCGUGGGCGGCGGGCAUGCUCUCGGCUGGGGACCACCCCGGCCCGGCCCCCGGCAUGUCUUCGGAGGCCCCCUCAGACGCCCUGAAGGGCGCCGACCUCCCUUCCAAAAGCAGCCACUUCCCCGAGGUCGGGAGGGCCUAUCCGAGCGUCGUGAGCAACGGUGUGACCUUCCAGGGCUCCCUGCAGGCCUUCAUGGACAGCUUCGUCCUCAGCUCGCUGAAGAAGGACAAGGACGCGAAGGACAGAGGCCCGUCCGACGCGCCCUCCGCGAAAGCCCUCGGGGCGGACGGGGCCGAGGACAAGGGCGGCAGGAAGCCGGCCCUGCGGAAGUCGGAGAAGUCUCAGUACGAGCCCCUGGACCUGUCCGUGCGGCCCGACGCCGCCUCCCUCCCAGGCUCCCAGGUGACGGUGCAGGACAGCGUCGCGUGGCACGGCUGCCUGUUCUGCGCCUUCACGACGUCGUCUAUGGAGCUCAUGGCCCUGCACCUGCAGGCCAACCACCUGGGCAAAGCGAAGCGCAAAGACCACGCCGUGGGCGUGGCCGUGCACUGCCCGGAGCACGCCCGGGAGGCUGGCAAGGCGGCCCUGCUGCCCUCGGCACAAUCAAGCAAGGAGGCGGCGCUGGCCGGCUCGCUGGGGCCCCUGGACGCCGCGUCGGAGAAGGUGGCCCAGGGACAGGCCAGAGAGGCGCUGGGGGAGAGGAAGCCUGGCCCGUGGCCCGGCCACGUGGACCCCGCGUUCUGCAACUUCCCGUCAGACUUCUACAAGCAGUUCGGCAUGUACCCCAGCGCGGUGGGCUCGGGAGCCCCCAGCUCCUGCCCCAACAAGGGGCCGGACGGCAAGGCCCACGCGGAAGACGACGCCCCGAUCCUCAUCCCCGACGCCAUGGACAAGACCGCCGGGGAUGACCUCUCCGACGUGGCCUCCUCCGAGGACGCGGACUCCCCGAAGGGGGAGACCAACGACGACGAGGAGACCGAGACGGAGCCGGAGAUGACGAGGAAGCCGCUGUCCGCCCUCGGCAAGGACGGCAGCGGCGACGGAGGGGACGGCCCGCAGCCCGUCCAGGGACUGGCGCCAGCCCUGCCCCAGGUGUCGGAGAAGCCGUGGCACAGCCCGGGCCUCCUGCCGGCCCAGGACGCCGCAGCGGGCCUGCCCAGGCCGGAGCGGGCGCCGCCGGGCCUGGAGAAGCCGGCGAGCGUGCUCUCGGUGCUCCGGGCCUAUAGCGCCGACGGCCUGGCGGCCUUCAACGGCCUCGCCGGCAGCACGGCCGGCCCCGGGGGCGUCAAGCGGCCCGACCUGUGCGGUCCCCGGCCGUUCCAGUGCCGCUACUGCCCCUACAGUGCCUCCCAGAAGGGGAACCUGAAGACCCAUGUGCUCUGCGUCCAUCGCAUGCCUUUCGACAACAGCCAGUACCCCGACCGCAGGUUCAAGCGCUCCAGGGUGGACGCGGACACGGCUGGGAGCUGCGAGGAGCUGUCGGCGGUCAAGGCGGGGGGCUCGGAGCUCCCGGAGGAGGGCGAGCGGGCCCAGGAGGAGCACCACUGAGCCGCGCCGCCCGCCGCCCGCCGCCCCGCACGGGUCUAGGGUUGUGCGUCUGGGAAAAGAGCGUGCUAACCAUGCCCUGGGGGGCGGGGAUCAUGGGCCCCCCCCCGCUAGUGUAUAGAACAUUUAAAAAAUUUAAAGAGAUAUCUAUAUAUAUAUUAAAAAGAAAAAAGGUCCCCAGCCCUUGAAAAUGGCUGCUAAACUGUUACCCAGCAACAAGAACUUCCACACAAGGCAGGUGGGAGGAAGGCGGAGGAGCCCCAUCCCCUGCCACGUCCUCUGUCCAAACGCCACACUCUGAGCUGGAAGCGACACCAUCUGAACGCUUAGUGCUGCCUCGAGGACGGAGGUGCUGUGUGUUCCUGUCGAAGCACCUCCAGAACCUGACACCCGCCGCUGUCACCGACCGGGCACCUAAUGAGACGCACAGGGAGGCAGCCCGGUGCCAGCCAGGCUGGAGCGGCCGCAGCCCGAAAUCAAUAGGCGGGCGUGGUGGCCGCGCGCUUGGAAACCCGAGCUGGCGGCGGCGGCGGCGUGGCCGUCCCGUGUGCCGCUAAACGCGCAGCCGCGGGUCCGCAGCCAGGAAGUGUCUGCAGACAGAUGUCCAUUG